GUGUUUGUGCUCGGAGCAGUCCCCCAGCGCCGCCAUGGCGAGCCCGAAGCAGUGCCGGCCAAGGUCGGCCCGGUGCCGCUCGCAGUCGCCGCCCGAGCAGCCGCUGCAGGUGAAGGUGGUGGGGCUCUUCAAAAGCUCCAGCUUUCAGAUUGCGAAGAGCGCUGCUGAGACUCUGAAGAGUAAUUAUCCAUCCAAAUUUGAAGAUCCUAUAGUAGUUCCUCUUCAAGAAUUUGCAUGGGAUCAAUAUCUACAGGAGAAAAAACGGCAUGCUUUUGUGUUCUUGGACAUUUCUGUUGAUUUUUAUCCAAUUGGAAGACUGGUUUUUGAGCUAUACUGUGAUGCAUGUCCCAAAACAUGUAGAAACUUUCAGAUGUUGUGCACAGGAAAAGCAGGGUAUUCUCAAAGUGGCAUCAGGCUACAUUACGUAGGUUCAAUUUUUCAUCGAGUAGUACCAAAUGGUUGGAUACAAGGAGGAGAUAUAGUAGAAGGAAAAGGAGAUGAUGGAGAGUCGAUUUAUGGACCAACAUUUGAAGAUGAAAACUUUUCAAUUCCUCAUAAUAAAAGGGGAGUUCUUGGGAUGGCCAACAAAGGCCGUCACAGCAACGGGUCACAAUUCUACAUCACACUACAACCAGCGCCCUAUCUAGAUAGAAAAUACGUGGCUUUUGGGCAAUUGACUGAAGGAACCAAAGUUCUUCAAAAACUAGAAUUGGUUCCAACAGAGAAUGAAAGACCAAAACAACGAUGUAUAAUUGUUGACAGUGGAGAUCUUUAUGCCUGAUUUUCAUAUCAAUAUUUUCUGACAACUUAUUAUUAUGCAUCUGAUCGGCUGUUUCUAUAAUUAAACAGUGCUUGAUAAAAUUUAAUUUGAAAGCUGUACAGAUGCUCUAGGUUGGCCCUCCCAACACCCAAUCCCUCUCCAUUUUCCUUUCUUGCCUCUGCCGCAGAGACUAUAAAAGCAAAACACUUAAUUUCCCAGCCUCCUUUGCAACCAGUAGUGGCCAUGGGAUACCAUCUGGCCAGUGAGACAAGAGUAGAAUGCCAGUGGUCCUGUCCCUUCCCCUCAACCAGUCUUGAAUGCAGACAGGUCGGAGCCCUGAAGGAAAGGCCAAGAGAUCUGGAGAUGUCAGCCCCAACUCUUGAGCUGCAGAACCAAUACCAGCAAGCACCUAUCUCUGGACUUUUUACUGUGAGGCAAAUAGGCUCCUGCUUGUUGACAUUACUACUGGUUGAUUAUUUUGCAACUUGUAGCCAAAACCAUUCUUAAUUUAGCAGCAGUACCUACUGGCCUUCCAAUCCUAAAGCAUUUGGAACAGAAUUGUGUUGUUUGUAAACUACGUUUCUGCCCUAAGAAAACAUGGUAAAUAACCAAAUAGAAAAGAGGCAAUAGAAAAAUUCAUCAUAAUAGUUCACAGUUUAUACACAGCAUUCAGAAAAAGGCAUAUACUUUGGAUAUUGUUAUCUGACAUGACGAGAAUGCUUAGCUCUGAGCUACACCAACCAUAGGAAAACCAAGGGCUUGGGUUAAUCAUCCCAACCCAAAUAAACCCUGUAGUGGUUGACUCCUGAGAUGUUACUGGGGAUCCUGCUUUAUCACCUGCUCCUUAAUCUGAGAUUCUCAAACCCAUCACCUGGGGAGCUUUUAAAACACAGACUGCUGGACCCUGGCCUUGAUCUACUGAGUCAGAGUCUCUAAGUGUGGGAAAGGGACUCUGUGCAUUCAUUUCGCUCAACCCAGAGGUUCUUGUUUAGCCAGCUGGGCACUAGUCAUUUGGGAAUCACUGCAAGACAUAAGUAACUGGUUUCAGCCCUCUCUUUGUAGUGACUGAAGUGCGUGACUCUGUUGGUGGUGACCUUGCUCAGCUGCCUCCACCCGCCGCCGCCACUGAAUUCAUGCUCUGCUCAAGGCCAUUACGUUUUGGGUUUUUCUUGCCCUUUGCGGAAGGUCUGUCUUCCAAGAAUGAUCUCUCUUUGAGCCAAUCUUAAGGAGACGGGCCUCUAAUUGACUUGGGGGUUGCCAAAAGGAGGCAUAUGCUUUUUUUUUUUACUUUUCAUUUUGAAAUGAUUAUAGAUUUAUAGGAAGUUGCAAAAAUAGUACAGAGCAAGCAGUCCUGUGUACUGAUCACCCAGGUUCUUCGAUGGAGAUAUCUUACACAUUUGUACAAUAUAUACAAUAUAGAUUGUACGAUAUAUAUGAACAGUUUCUAUAUACAAUAUAUAAACCAGGCAA